AUGGCUAGAUCUGGUAUUGCUGUCGGUUUGAACAAGGGCCACAAGGUCAACGGUAAGGAGGUUGCUCCAAGAAUCUCCCAGAGAAAGGGUGCUCUUUCCCAGAGAACCAAGUUCGUCAGAAGCAUUGUCUCUGAGGUCUCCGGUUUGGCUCCAUACGAGAGAAGAUUGAUUGAAUUGAUCAGAAACGCCGGUGAGAAGAGAGCCAAGAAGUUGGCCAAGAAGAGAUUGGGUACUCACAAGAGAGCUCUGAGAAAGGUCGAGGAGAUGAGUCAGAUCAUCACUGAGUCCAGAAGACACUAA